ACACCGUCAGAUGGCGCAGAACACCGGUGAUAAACAAAUUCUUUACCGACGGAAUUUAACUCCUCAUUCCGUCCUUCCAUCGAUACCCCGUUCAAGAAGUUCAACAGACCCUAAAGGGUAUUCAUAUAAUCGUAUCAAAUGUGCUGCGUCUCUGGAUAAAUUACCGGACGAUGUGCUCUUUAAUAUCCUGUCUUAUUUGAACCCAGGGGAUUUAUUAUCAGUCGCUUGCAUUUGUCAGCGUUUCUCCAGCUUGGCCAGCGAUAAGUAUGGUAUUAUUUAUAAUUAAAAAGUAAAAUAACCAUAGAUUUCAUUCCAUCUAACCGAUAUAAAUUUUAUCUAUUAAACCUUGGCUUGAUCUAAUUAAUGAUAAUCAAUAUAGCUUAAUAUGGAAGAAGAUAUAUAAAGUAUACCUUAAUAAAACUUCAAACGAUCCACAUUUCCUUUGGAAGAUAAAAUGUAUACGAGGAGCGAAAGAAAAGCGAUUGAAGUUAUUGAAAAAACCCAAAGCUGAUCCAUAUACUGGUUUGACAACUGGCUUUAAUCAAAUAAUUAAUCUUAAAAUCAUCUGGACUCUAAUAUUGACUAAUCAUGAUGGAGACAACCAUAAAUAUUAUUCUGAGGAUUUUUCAACUUUUAAAACGUCAGCCAGCGUUAGGUGGUUUAGUCUAGAAUCAAUUUCCUUAUCUCGACUACGACGUGUUCGAAUUAUUGCUUCCAUACCUUUGUUCUACAAUAUAAAAAACCAAAAGGCUUUGGGUAAAACUUCUACGAAGUCGUUAAUGUUGGACAAAAAAUUCGAUUGGAGUAAAACAAAAAAGACAAAUAUGGCUGGAGAUGAUCACAUUGACAUUUAUUAUCUUAUGGAUAAUUUAAUGUUAGCUGCCUGGAAGGGGAAUGAUGAAGCAGCCUUUUGGCAUUAUUUACUUCCUUGUCAUAACCUUUUGGAUCGCUGUUUGAAGGGAACUGUCGAUGGAAUAUUUUCAUCAAAGAUUGUCAAAGCUCCGAGAUGUGAUAUUGAUCCAAAGUACGGUUUACAUAGUUACACGUGUGUAAUAGAGCUUCGUAACCAAAGACAAAGUAUACUCUGCGAGAGAUUUCGCAAUAUCAAUAAUUCGGAAAAUUAUUCAGAAUCUGGUUGGAUUGCAUUCCCCUUAAUAAAUAUACACGAACCUCAUAUUCCUCUUAGUAGGCAGCUAAACUUUUUAUGGAAGACUGAACUAUUCAAGGGAAAAAUAAAGGCCUGUUUUAUUUAAUAAUAAAAAUUACCCAUUGAUUAAUAUUAUUAUUGUUAUAUUUUCU